AUGCCUCGAAAGGACUUCCAGAGAGAUUUCACCCAAGCAGCUAUCCCUGGAAAUUUCCCUCAUCUCAGCGCCGUCAAAUCUGGAGAUCAUGACGGCUCGAUUUCCUUCACAUUUAAAUCGCCUCUCUUUUACGACAGUAUCGACUUUCAAGCUAUAGUUUCAGACUCAUCCGACUAUCCUAAACAUCAUGAAUAUUUCGUCUUCGCUACUUCAGAUAAUGUCCCAGCUGCUGUUACGGCUGCUCUGGAAAAUGCCCAACUCGCUGGGUCAUCCGUCCAGGGUAUGCUGAGUACCAUCGAUGCGCUCGUUGACAGGGCCCUUUCCGGUCGCGACUCCCAGACACCAGAGCCUUUGGAGGAUGGUAGCGACUUUUCAGCAAGCGACGACGAGCCCCUCCUUGACGAUGACGAAAUGGAUUGGGAAGAAAGCAGCGACAAUGAACUCACCCCACUCAAGCCAGAAUCCGAGCUGCGCAAGAUGAUACGCCGCGAUCUUCGUGCCGUCAGAAAUGCUGGGUUCAAAGUGGGAUAUCUGGGAGCUCCCACGGGCUCAAUAAUAAUUUGUGUAUCCUGCCGUAUUGGUAAGCUGGGCAUUUCAGCGGAGGCAAUGCAGGCAUGGAAGGUGAAUCCAUCAGAGUACUUAGUAUUGCUCAUUCGUUAUCCGUCGACGUACCUUGAUCUCAAAGCAGUCCUCUACGACAUAGGGGACGCCAAGAGCUCAUUCAUGCAGAUGCACGUUGGGCUCUGCAAUUCAUACAAACCAAGUCUUGAGGAUGCCCUGCAGGCAUUCCAGGGCGUGUCCGUAAAACAGCAAGCGGAAACGAGACCAACUGCAAGUCCGAAAGUUACAGGACUUACCCUGAACCGUUUAUUCAUCGACAGGCCACUUAAAACCCUUCUAAACGAACGGUUUCUCAAAAUCCUUGGUUAUCGACUAAGAAAUGGUUUUUCUUGGACAGGAGCAGAACUUUAUUAUCAGACGAACCAAGGCAAAAUCAUGGACACCGGCGAUGCAUUGGCGGAUGAAUACUUCGAGCCAGACAGCUGGGCUAGUUCAACUCCAGAUUUUCUUUCGGCUGAUCAUAUGACGGAUACAAGCUGUGAGCCUUCUGAGCUCUCACUGCCCCUGCUAGCCAUGCAAUUUACACUUCGUCAUUUCGUCAAAUGCACCGAAUUCUGUCUCGUUUGUCAUUGCAGAACUGGAGACAGCUUCGAAGCACUCAAGCCCUAUGUUUGCUCCAACGGGCUGUGUCUUUACCAAUAUAUCGCACUAGGCAUGGGCCCUAGCCUGGAGUACGAAAUUCGCUCACAACCAAAUGUUGUUGACAUGCUCAUCAGUCUGACAUAUGCCCGAGCAGCCUCUGGCCGCCUGGAGGAUUUCCCCACUGGCCUCGGGCUCAUGGUUCCUGAAUCAUCUGAAUGUGCAGCAAAAGAAACUCCAUACCCAGGAUACGGCCCGGCUUCUCAAACGGCGACAUGGUGCACUACAAGAUACCAUACUGCAAAAUUGAAAAUAACCGAAAGAGAGCUUCAUAUGGACCAGGAUCCACCUGUCAAAGUCGGCGAUUGGAUUGCGAUCAUAGAACAUGGAAAAGGCUUCGCAAAGAACAGCCUGGAUCACUGGCAUUGCCGAGUACAGAGCGUUGAUUUCUCGCAUCAUAUUCAACUCUCGGAUCCGAUUUCCCGUGGCCAGUCAGCGUGGACUCCGCCCCAGAUGCAACCAAAUGAACAAACGGUGAGAUUCGUGGUUUACGACAAGAACUUCGACGACUUGACCGCUCCUCAGAAACGAGAGAUGAUACCGAUGCUCCUUGACACUCUACCGAAUAUCGACGCUAUGAACGAAUUCCUUGGAAAAGACUCGAGUGAGAUGCUCCUCUCAUCGUGGAGAGAGAGAAUAUCCCCCGCAGCAUUAGAUGUAUUGAGAUGGAUUGUUGCAUCUAACCGAUCGUGCAUUAUGCAGGAUGACGAAAACGAUCCAGCACACCUGGUCUCUGGAAUGGAGAAUUAUAUGCAAUUCCGUCUCGCCCAAGGGGCCCCAGAUAAAGAACAGCGCUUUGUCAACGCCGUUCAAUCUAUUGUUUCGGGCCGGAAUCCCAAACAUCCAACACUUUUCGCGUGGCAUGGAAGCCCGCUCUACAACUGGCACAGUAUCCUGAGAGAAGGCCUGUAUUUCAAAGAGGUCGCUAAUGGUCGCGCGUAUGGAAAUGGAGUUUACCUAUCAAAUCACUUCACAACGUCAUUGGGAUAUACUGGUACUAGUGCCUAUUACAGUCUAGAGUGGCCUCGAAGCAAAUUGAAGAUUCGGACGGUUAUCUCCCUAAACGAAGUUGUGAAUGCCCCCGAAAAGUUCGUGCAUUCCAGCCCACAUUAUGUCGUUCAGCAACUCGAUUGGAUUCAGCCAAGAUAUCUCUUCGUCCCAACCAAUAGUAAAGCCGCGCAGAAUGGUCAAAAGUCCCUGCCCGCCGAUGUAUACGAUCAAGAUCCCUCUCGCAAAGCUCAUGGACCCCAAGGAGGGGCUGUUGCCAUACCCAUCUCGGCUCUAAGCAGCCAGCGGCGACAGGCUCUUCUGCCCCCCACGAAAGAAAAAGAAACCAAAUCUCCAAAAUCAAAGACAUCUCCGAAGAACAAAAAGCGAAAGCGCCCAUCCAAAGGCACAAUUACCCCACCACCGGCAGGACCAGUCGAGAAUGAUGACGACGACGCUGCGAGUGUGGCCACGGCGUUUGACGAUAUUCAAAUUCUUCUAUCCGACGACGAGGACGACAGUGAAGAAGUCCCGGCAACAAUGGCUCCCAGCAGCAAGAAAUCCCGCGAUGCCCCUUCCAAAACGGACUUUGAGCCGGGAAUGUUGACAGAGGAUUCAUUGCCUCUACUUACACCACCAGAAUACGCAACGACCUCGGCAACAAAAGCUCUGCAGCAGCAUCUCAAAGCCACACUCAAAGUCCAACAGAAAGAACCCCUCCACCAACUCGGCUGGCACGUGGAUCCCAACCUCAUGAGCACUGUCUACCAGUGGAUCGUCGAGUUGCACAGUUUCGACGCAACCCUACCACUAGCAAAGGACCUCAAAAACGCCAAAUUGACCAGUGUUGUCCUCGAACUUCGAUUCCCGCCUCGAUUCCCCAUGGCGCCACCCUUUGUGCGUGUUAUCCGACCACGGUUUUUAGAAUUCAACAAUGGCGGCGGCGGCCAUGUUACAGCCGGUGGAGCAAUGUGCAUGGAGCUCCUCACCAACUCGGGCUGGCUGCCAACAGCCUCUAUUGAGAGCGUGCUACUACAGGUUCGAAUGGCGAUCACGAACAUGGAGCCACGCCCAGCUCGUCUCGCACUGGGUAGUCGACGGAUGGAUUACUCAGUCGGCGAGGCUGUCGAAGCAUACAAGAGGGCGUGUAUGGCGCACGGCUGGGAGAUACCGGAAGACAUCCAGCGAAUUUCCUGGGCUUAG